CAGCCACUGCGCCACCAGGGAAGCCCAACAUCGACAUCUUUGAUCUUGCUCACUGCUGGGUGGAAGUUGAACUUUAAGGAGGUAACAACAGAAGCAGGGAGACCAUUUAGGGGUUAUUGCAAUACUCCCAGGGAGAGAGUCAGUGGUGGAUUUCAGAGAACAGAACCCUGAUCAGUGGUUGUGAGUUACAUGGAAGCAAAUUUUGGCAUAGAAGGAGUAGAUUUUUUUUCUUAACACUUAGGCCUGAACAACAAUAGGGUUUCAAGGAUAAUGAUUCCCUUUCACCACCAAUGUUGAGGCUGAGUCUGACUCCUAAUGCAGAGAUAGGAAGCCAGGCGAUCUCCACGUUUCCACCUACUACGUGAGUCUCCUUGGACACCGUGCAGUUUUGAAUAUCCACCACUGAGCACAAGGUGUCCCAUGUCCCUCAGUUAACACACGGUGCAGGAGACCGUGACCCAAAGGAAACAUAUCACAUCGUGGUUAAGAACAGAAAGACUUGGCUUUUUAUUUUUAUUUUUUUGGCUGUGCCACACGACAUACACGAUCUUAGUUCCCCGACCAGGGAUCUAAGCCACGCCCCCUGCAAUGGAAGUGCAGAGUCCUAACCAAUGGACCACCGGGGAAGUCCCGAGACUUGGCUUCUAACUCAGCUAAAUUUCUCAGUAGCUAUGUGGCUUUGGGUAAGUUGUGUCAUCUCUCAGGGACUGUUUUCUUCCAUAACAAAUAAAGAGGAAUGGCCCCUAAAGGGUGGUUGUGAGGAUGAAAAGAUGAAUCAGGGAAAUCUCUAUCAGAUACAGAACGAGCUCUCAAUAUUGGUUAUGCAAAACUGAAAGGAGCACAACGAAUGGCCCCAAAUCAGAGGUGAAUGAGGCUAUGGGUCACACAAGUCAGUGAAUCAAGAGAGCCACACCUCUGCCUCCAGGCAGUCCGGAAGGAAGUUCUCCUUCACUCAGCGCCUGGCCUUUUCUGUAUUUCCUCAUCGGUGCUUCCUGGCAUUUACUCUGCUCUGGUUUCUCCAGGACCCCAGCCCAGCCACACCACUGUUGCCUCCCAGUCACCCACUGAAGGCUCACAGGACGUCUGUUCCGGACUAGCUUUCUUGCCAAAGUGGGCACACCAAGAGCCAGGAAAGAACCCUUCUUCCUUGCUCAUUUAAAGGCCUGGGAGUCCUGGACAGCUUUACCGGGCCCUUGGGUGCAGGUGGAGCUUGAACAUUGGACUCGAGGACAAGAGCAUCUCUUUGGACAAAGAAAGCCCUGAAGCCGACAUGGAGUUUAGUCCCCUGGGUAAGUGGUGGUGAAUCACAAAGCAGCUUGGAAAUACUUCCACCUACGCUCUCCAAAGAAAGAGGGUACAAGGGCCCCUAUCAUUUGCUCAAGUUGUAAAUGUGUUUGCUCUUGCUAAAAUACUCAGAUCACAAAACCCGCAUUUGAAAAUCUUAUUUAGCUCUUUUCUUAUGAUGUGCAUUUAGAACUGCUUAUUGAUUUUGGUAAAGAGGGUAAAGGAGAAACAAACAACAUAUUGAUGCCUGAUUUAGAUAUAUUUGGUUUUGUUACUACCCAGAAACUAUCAGUCAGGGAAAAAGACAAGUCACUGAUAACCCUAGAAAAAAGGGUGAAUAUUGAAAAUCUCUCGGACUGUGAAUGCAUGGAGCUCCUUUCAGAUGCUUUGAUUCACAAACCAGCCCCUGCCUUAAUUUCCUUCCCUUUCUCCUAUAGUUACUCUUUGUCAGAGCAGUAAAUCGCCCCCUAGGAAUUCAAAAGCCUUUAUUACCAGGAUGCAAUAGGAGUCCUGAAGUUUAUAAUAACCUCAUGUGUAUUUUGUGCUUUUCCGUCAUCUGGCAGCACACCUAAUUCCCAGUUACCGUCUUAUUUGUGAUUCUCAGCAGAUGGUGUGGGUCCUAAAAAGAAAUUGGUUAAUAGCAGUUCCUUUUGGCAGCAAUGUCAAAGCUGGUGAGUGAUAAUCAAAGCCACUGCGUUGCCUCUUAAAGGGACAUCAUCUCCACUGGGGAUGGGGCUGAGCCUGGGAACCAGUUUCCAGUGUCCUCAAGAACGGCAAGAAAGGGCAAGACGGUUCCCUCACAUAAAGGAAACCCGUACCCAGAAAUGAGGGUGUGAUGGAGUGGCAGCUCUCCUUAUCAAAAGAAAAUGUCCUUAGUUAAGAAGGGAUUAUUCAUUCAAUUAGUAGCUGACCUUCUCCUUGGAGUUUCUCUCUUCUAACCGUCACAACCUCUGUCCUUAGAUUUAAACUCCUUCAUCUUUCCAUGAUCAUACCUACACUUUUCUAAUUUGCUGUCCUUUCUUCUAAUAAUGGGGGAAUAUUCCUUCCUCCCAUCAGUCCAUCACAUGUCAAUUAUACCUCAAUAAAGAUGAAAAAAAGUUAAUCCAAAUCAGCUUCUUUCCUCUCUUGUUUGUUCCUUCCAUGUCUGAUUGAAUUCCUCUCUUCCUGGCAUAUCCCGUCUUUGUCUGUCUACUGGAUUCUUUCUAUUGCUGAUAGACAUGCUCUAAUAUAACAUUUCCAAGCUUAAUACUAAAAACCUCCUCUGGAUUUGCACAUUUCAUUUCUACAACCAUUCUAUUUUCCUAUGUGGCAAUCUAUAUACUGUUCUACAUACAACCAUAGUCAUGGAAGAGUUGGUUACACAACUUGUCUCCAUUUCCCCUCCUGUUCACGCUUACAACAAACAAUAAAAUUUCUGAACUGUUCUUUGCCCAUUCCCCUCCAGCUUCUCUUUCUAAGGCCACCAGACCCACUUCUCUGUCCUCACAUCUGGUUCCUCAGCAGCAGUCAGCAUAAUUGAUAACUCUUUCUUUCUUGAAUGCUCUCCAUCUUCUCCUUAGGUAAGAACAUUCUCUGUGGUUCACUGGCUCCUCCUUUGCAUUCUCCUUUCUGACUCCACUUUCUCUAUAAAAUCUCCAAGUGUUGGGGAUUUUCAGACCUCAGCCUGCAAUCAUCCUACCACCCCUCUAAAGGGAUUGAGAGCUGGUCUCUUGGAUUGAUGUUUUGCCUCUACCUUCUGGCAUUCAUGCUUCCAACCCAGACGUCGCCUCUGAAAAUCCUACCCAUGUCCUUUUGAUGUCCUCUCAGACAUCUCUAACUACAUCUAUCCCAAGUGGAACCAUGGAUCUGACUCCACAAACUGUUCAUGGACCCAGUCUGGAGCCAGAAAUACAGAAGACAUCUUUAUUCCUCCUUUUCCUCAAUUUCCAUUUAAUCCAUCAGCAGACACUGAUGAGUCUGUGUGCAAAAUAUGCCUAUUUAUGAGUUCAUAUCAUCUUUCACCUUGAUCACUGUAUCACUUCCUCACUGCCCUUCCUCCCACUUCACUUGUGUAGCCUCCUAUCCAGUCAUCACAAAGCAUCAAGAGUGAUUUUCUUACUAUGUUAAUUGAAGAGUAUCCUUCCCAUCUAUUUGUGUUUUAGGGGUGGGAGGUGGGGGAAAGGGAGCAGUGGGGAGAUCUCAGGCACAGCAGUCUUCUUUCGGAGACUUGAACUUAUCAAGCUCUUUUCCACGUAAGCAUCUUUACAUUUCCUGUCCCUGUCAACAUUUUCAUCCAACCCCCUCCACCACUGGAUUCCCAUUUCUUCAUAUAUUAGCUUCCUCUUAGCUUUAAGGUCUUGGUUUGAACUUCACCUCAGCAGAGAAGUCUUUCUUGGUUCCUAUUUCUCAGUUUGGUCUGUCUUCUACUGUCCCAGGCCUUGGCCCCUUUCCCCAAAGCAGGUGUUGCCGUUUACUGUGGUUCUGGUCAUUUCUCUGCUUACAUGGUUUCAUCUCAUUUUCCGUGGCAAUAAUGACGAUGUCUCUCCUGUUCUCACCUAGAUCUCCAGGGUCUUGUCUUGAAUGAACACUCAAUAAAGAAUGUUGAAUGGGUAAAUUCCCUGCCCCUUGCCCAGAAGGAUAGAUGCAGGACACCAGGCUCUUGGGAAUCACCUACUAAAUUAGUUGGAAAUUAAAUUCAACUGAUAGGGACAGAACGUCCACCAAACUGGGACUUAAAUAAGGUAGAAGUUUCUUUCUUUCUCAUGGAAAAGAAGUCUGAGAAGGCAGGUGAAGGCCAGUACGGUGGCUUCAUCAUGCCACCAGAAUCCAAGGAGUCUAGUGCUCUGCUUUACCAAGUUCAAGGUCACCUCCACCAUCAUCUAAUUAUGAAGACACAGGGUAUAAGAAAUAAAGCUCCUCCCGGCCGAGUCAACUACGUUUAAAGAACAUUCUUAGAAAUCUCACACAGCACUUCCACUCCUGUCUCGUGGGCUACACCUUAAGCAUAUGGUCAAAGUUAGCUGUAAGUGUGGUGGGAAAUUUAUUUUUAUUUUGGGGAAGUCAUGUACCCUGGUGACAGCUGGAGUUCUGAUAUUAAGGAAGAAAAAGGAAAUGGGUUUCCUUUCCUUAACAGCACGUACAGACACGGACUUUUACUGUAAUGGAAAAGGUACUCCAUAUUACCUGGGAAUCAAGGAGCAAAAUCUCUGUCUCUGCUGUACAGAAAUCCAGGGCCAGCCUACUUUGCAGCUUAAGGAGGAAAAUAUCGUGAACCUACGUGGGAACCUCAAAGGGCAGGAGCCCUUUCUCUUUUUCUGCAUCGAGGAGGUCCCCACUUCCGGCUUUCAGUCAGUCUCCUGCCCAGGCUGGUUCAUAGCUACCUCCUAUGGUGGGCAGCCCGCCACUCUCACCAAGGAGAGGGGCAAAACCGAAAACACUAACUUCUACUUAGAGGGUGAAAACUAAAUCCAGCCUGGGCUCUAGGUGGCUGGAUCAAGCAGUCAGAGAUUCUUCUGUUUGAAAACACAAUGGGUCAUCUUAAGAGACCACCAUGCACUGAUGGCCAUCCAGUCUACCUCAUUCUCAUCACUCCAAAACCAUCUCAUCCUCUGGACGCCCUCUAGAUAUCCUCAAGGUACACCAUGCCCCCCCCCCCACUUGAGCAUCAUUCCAGGGUGAACCUACGAGUCACUUUUGAUUCUUUCUUGAUCUUGUCCCACCAUCCACCUAGUUAAGUCCACUUAAGUCAACAUCCCCAAUGCUUCUUGUAGCCUCUCUUCCUAUUCCUUCUGCCAACCCUAGAGAUGUGAAUUCCAAACAGUUUAGUUCAUACAACCCUAUCAAUAAAAGAAUAUUAAUUAUUAAUUCUAUGCAUGUUUAUUAUAAAUAUUAUGCACUCCAAAAGAGGAAUCUAAAGGGUAAGAUGAAUGUGAAGUAAAAAUUUUACAUGUCUUGAUAAUCAUGAUAAACUCAUAAUCUCAUUAGUUAAUAAUCUGACACACAGGGGCUUCCCUGGUGGCGCAGUGGUUGAGAGUCCGCCUGUCGAUGCAGGGGACACGGGUUCGUGCCCCGGUCCGGGAAGAUCCCACAUGCCGCGAAGCGGCUGGACCCGUGAGCCAUGGCCACUGAGCCUGCGCGUCCAGAGUCUGUGCUCCGCAGCAGGAGAGGCCACAACAGUGAGAGGCCCGCGUACCGCAAAAAAAAAAAAAAAAAAUAUGACACACAGUAUAUACUUUGGUUAAGAUUAAUCGUUAACCAUAGUAAAUGUAAAUCAGUCUGUAUUUCAAAGAAUCACUAAUAGUGGUUUACAUUUUUUUCAGGCAUCAGCUAUGAUAUAUUCUUGCUAUUAUUCAUGUUUUCUAGACUCUAGUAGAACAUUCAAUCAACAGUUUCUUUAUUGACAUGCUUUUAAGCCAGUUGUCCAUUUUGUGAGGAUUACUUUAGUUAAAGCCUGUAGUAUAAUUUAUGUAUCCAGUUAACCAGUGACGUGUAAAUUGCAAGUAACUGCAAUGCCCUGAACAUGAAUGUGAGCGUGUCAGUCUCUCUUCCUUCAGGAAACCUUGCCCUUCUUUGCACAUGGCGAGCAAGUGUAUCGGGAUUUGCAAUGGCUGGGAAUCCUUCACCAAUGGGGGAUGGGAGCGGGUAGGGAAAUGCUGCUCUCUUCCAUCACUGAAGUGGACAAUUCUGAGAUGCAUUCCACAUGGUUCCUCAGAGGGUCCCAGCAGGAUUGAGUCACAGUCGCCCACGGGAGUGCUGAGCUCAGGAACACCUCCUUGCAUUGGCUUCCUUCAUUUUCCUGCUUCAACUUCCCCA